CACAUCAACAACCUUUAGUCGACAAGAUGAAGACCGCUCUAUCCCUAUUUGCCUUGGUCUCCUCAACCCUUGGAGCCAACAUCCCUAGAGGUUGGGGUCAUGGUGGUGAUCACGUUAGCUAUACUACCGAGGUGAUUGUUACUUACACGACUGUCUGCCCCGAAACGACCACGAUCACCAAAGGUGGUGAGACUAUCACCAAGACGUACACUACCACCAGCACCGUAGAGACAAAGGUUCCCACCGUCAUCACCGUUACCGACGUUGCUCCCCCAGUAACCAAGACGGAUGAAGCCAUCAUUUACACUACUAUCACUGAGCUAUGCCCCGUUACUGAAACCAAGGUAGUCGGCGGCUCUACUGUAGAGGUUGUCUGGACAUCCACCUCCACCCUUUACACCAAGGUCCCUCAUACCGAAACUGUCUACACCACUUCAGUUGCAACGGAGUAUGAACACACCAACGUCUACGAGACGGUCGUAUGCCCCGAGACGGUUAUCACGACCGUCUCCAAGGGUGAAACCGUCUACAUAACCAAGACCAAUACCAUUACCACGGCCGUCACCGAGGUUCACACCUACACCACCGUGAUCCCCCAGACCAUCACCAAGGCUGUUGAUGUCACCAUCCCCAUUACCAAGAGCGCGGGCGUCAUUGAGACCAAGUACUCGACUGUCGUCGUUUCUGCGAACAACACCAUCUACACCUCCAUCGCUCCUCCUCCUACCACCGUCAUCCUUCCCACUACCUCAACCGUGGGAUCUUCGCCUAUCGGUGAGACCAGCGCCGCUGCUCCCCCUGUUGAGGGUAUGGCCAACGUUAUCAUGCAGAAGAGCCCAGUGGUGGCACUGAUUGCUGGUCUCUUUGGCGUCAUUGCUUUCCUCUAGACUAGAGUUUAGUCUCGGAAGCUGGGAUGGAAAACGGUUAAUGAUACUAACGACGCUCCUUUACGAUACCCUUCUAUUCACAUACUGCACGAGGAUACGAUUUCACGUCCAGCAUUUUACAUUUUGUGGGGAGGAAAAGGCAAUGGUGGGAGGAUAUUUCGUUGGCUUUUAAGGAUACGCAAGGAGAUCUGGAUGGAGGAGUUGAGAAAUGUUUACAUGAUGACUUCACGGCCAGGUUGCUAUCGGAUCCGGACUCUCCUGAGAGAUGGAGAACUCAAAGGGAUUGGUUAACUGGCUGCGAAAAGGAUAUAAUGAAGAUACCAUACCAUUCAAUUGUACAUAUAAAAUAGAAUCCCUUUUCGGGUUUAUCCUGGAGUUUUAAUCGAAGGAUUCCAAUC